AAACUCACACACAUUCCACAUAGGUUACACAUAACAUAACAAAGUCCCAAGUUUCUGUCAUUCUACAUUCUUUCAAGGACAGGUUCCAUCAAAGAAGGAAAAAUGCAUGCCAAGACAGACUCAGAGGUGACCAGCAUUUCUGCAUCAUCCCCUGCAAGAUCCCCACCUCGCCGUCCUCUCUACUUUGUUCAGAGCCCCUCAAGGGACUCUCACGAUGGCGAGAAAACCGUCACCACUUCCUUCCACUCCACUCCUGUUCUCAGCCCCAACGCUUCCCCUCCUCAUUCUUCAUCCUCCACUCGGUUCUCUGCUCCUCACCGCAAGAAAGACAACCACCACCACCACCACAGUCUCAAGCCAUGGAAGCAGAUCGAUGUCAUUGAGGAAGAAGGGCUUCUCCAAGGGGAAGAUCGUGACAGAACUCUCUCUCGUCGCUGCUACUUCCUCAUUUUUCUUCUGGGAUUUCUUCUCCUCUUCACACUGUUUUCGCUUAUUCUCUGGGGUGCUAGCAGACCCAUGAAACCCAAGAUUUUUAUCAAGAGCAUAAAGUUUGAUCAUGUUCAAGUCCAAGCUGGUUCAGAUUCCACUGGGGUGGCUACUGAUAUGAUCUCCAUGAACUCUACUUUGAAAUUCACAUACCGUAACACUGGCACAUUCUUUGGGGUUCAUGUUGCAUCUACACCCUUAGAACUGUCCUAUUCAGAAAUUGUGAUUGCUGCAGGGAAUAUGAAGGAGUUUUAUCAACAUAGAAGGAGUCACAGGUUGGUGAGUGUGGCAGUGAUGGGCAACAAGAUCCCUCUGUAUGGAAGUGGUGCUAGCUUGAGCAGCACAACUGGUAUGCCAACUGUGCCAGUGCCAUUGAACCUGAACUUUGUGCUGCGAUCCAGAGCUUAUGUCCUAGGGAAAUUGGUGAAGCCCAAGUACUACAAGAGGAUUCAAUGUUCCAUCACCUUGGAUCCCAAGAAGCUCAGUGCUCCAAUCCCCCUCAAGCAUUCUUGCACAUAUAAAUGAUUGAUAGUGUUGGAGAAUUAUUGGAAAUAAUAACACAAGAGAAAUUCAUUCUAUGAUUAAUUGGUUCUCCUGAGAUGCAGAAAGAACACAGCUCAGAGGGCAUGAUGAUUGGGACUGUUUGGCUGCUCAAGUGCCUCAAACUGCUCAAAGACAAAGGCAUGUUGGGUUCGAUAGAUAAAAUGUGAUUUGUGAGUGAUCAUUCCAAGAAGUUUUUUUUAAUCAUUUGGCUUAAUUGCACUUUUCAUCCCUGAUCUAUACCUCUUGUGCAAUUUUGGUCCCCUUUAUUUAAAAGGAGCAAUUUUGGUACACUAAAGAUUAUGAUGUGACAAUUAGGUCCGCCGUUAGCUUC